CAACAGGCGUCCGAGUCUACUUCUGCUUUCGUCUGCAAUUGUUUCUUCUCUCCUUUUCUUUCUCCACUGGUGCUUCCUCUCACAAUUAUUAUGCUUUAAUUUCCCUUACGCUCCGCUUUCCAGCGGUUCCUGUUCUGCUUCCUGCGGCAACGCUCGUUUCGCUUUUGUGUUCUGCUUCUGCUUACAACCCGAAGCUUCCUUCGCUGGGCCCCCGGGGGGUUUUAUGUCGACCAUGAGCGACUCCACAACCUCGACACCUCGCCCUGAAACCGAACCGUCUGGCCCAAAGUACUAUGCCCCUAAGAACAAGAACUGUCCCUACUGCGGUCAAGCCUUUACCUCCUCCUCGCUCGGCCGUCAUCUUGACCUAUACAUAAAGCCCAAGAACGCCAAGCCACCUGACGGUAUACAUAAUGUAGAUGAGAUUCGGAAGCUACGAGGAGGCAUAACAAGGCGGCAAGUGAGGAAUUCUUCUUCCGGCGUCUGGUCCAGGCAAGAGGACUCGGCUCCCGCCACAGCAGCGCCCACACCUCAGGAAUCGGCCAGAGACGAGGGUUCGCCCAUCACAGCCGAAUCACCGUCCCAUACCCUUGGUCCGAAUGAGAAGGUCCGUACCAGAUUCAAUGAGCUGAAUUGGCAAGCCACUGGCUUGAUCAACAAUCUUGCCCCGCGUCCCACUAUCAAUACUGUGCCCGAAAGACGUCGAGAGGUUUCAAGACACGUCCAGCAAAAGACGGAAUUCGAGCAGCGACAAAAGCUCUCCGAGGAAUGGGAGAAUGGCAAAGCGGCAGAGCUUGCUCUGAAAGAGCUGCUGCAGAAUGUCCGUGACGCAAGCAUGCGAAGUGGAAAUUUUAGCCUCUUCGAAUUCGACUUCUGUUCGCUCAACUUCCCUGGUCUGUGUCUACAUAUGUUGAAAACUCCUCCGACCCUCUUCUCCAGCACACCUUUUACUGCAGACGACACUUGGUCCGUACAACCACCUGGGCAAAGGCACCACGAGACUCUACAAAAGCUAGCACGCGACCGCAUAGUCAGCUAUCAACGUCAGCAUUUACUGGGACAAUCAACGCAAACUGCACCAAACACCCCGGCGUCUGCUUCACCCCUGACCACACCUCCAAUCCUUGAUGUAGAGUGUCAGAAAGUCAAAACGCAUUUGACUGCUGCCUGGACACAUUGGAAGAAAUUGACCGAGAAACAGAAGCAGGAAGCUUGGCAGUUGGAGCUGUUAAGGUUCUCUGCUCGCGCUCAAGAGUCCCAGAGAGACCUGCAAACGAAAUUGGAGGUUGCACAGCAGGAAAUAGACGAGUUGAAGAGGAAUUGCCCGCCUACAACCGCGGACAAGGCAAAUCCGGCCAUGCCACGCAUUUCCGCAAACAUGGCCAAGGAACUGAGGAAACAAUAUGGACAGCAUGUUGACUCAAUGAGCUUGGACUACGAUCGACUACUCGAAAAGUGGCGGUAUGUGGUCCGUGAGAACCGGAGCAAGUCGAAUGGAAUGCAAGCGCAACGAUCCUUAUCAACAUCAUCUGUCCCACAGCUCGGGCCUGUAAGGAUACCUAAAGGUAGAUCCACCAAUAACUCAUCGGUGCAGGUGAGCCCAACCACAGGACCAGUAUCUACGAGCAACUCUUCCACUAGCUUGUCCAAAACCUCAUCACGAUCCAUCAUCCCCUCGAUAUCUACCACGGCAACGUCAGACAGCGUGAUGGAUGACGAUGCGAACAACGACUUUGACGGUGAGGGGGAUGACGAGGAUGCGGAAGGUGAUGUCGACGUUGAGGAUAUGUCAAACUUGACGCAAAACAAUCCCCCGCAGAACCACCACCAGGCACAUAGUCACCAGUCUCAGGGCCAUCACAGCCAACAUCAUCACCAUCAUAAUCAACAACAACAGCAGCAGCAGCAGCAGCAACAGCAACAGCAACAGCAACAGCAGCAGAACCAAAAUCACAAUCACCAUCAGCAAGUAUUCUGGGAUGCAGGUUCCUUAUCACGCCGAAGUAGCCACCACAGCUUGGCGCAGCACCACCAGCAACACAUGAUGAGCAACCAGGCAUCACCUCUCAGUAUGAUGCCUAUGGAAGGGCUCGAGGCACACGCAGAUGGCUAUUUGGGCCGCGGAAUGGCCAUGAGCAUUAAUACUUUAGGAGACACGUUCCAGGGUUAGACGGUGUCCAGCUGAUAUUAUAAACAAAAGUUUUGGAAAUUCUACACUUUAGAGGGCAUCGCCAUCUAGCGAAAUUCGGGAUAUAGGGUGGCAAUAAUGCCACAGCCCUUUGUGGGCACGUUGUUUUAUACCUCGCCGUCAACGGCCAAAUUAGAAGUUGUUACUUUGUAAAAUCCGUGUUAUUGAAGCUGAUGGUGGUACUCUUUGUAGUACAGGCAUGGGCCGUAUGCAACCCUAAUUACGGC